AUUAUAGAGGAUCUAUUUGUUUCAGGUUUUACCUGUGCUCUGCAGAAAGAAAUCCUGUACCAAGGAAAGUUAUUCCUUUCUGAAAACUGGAUUUGCUUUCAUUCCAAGGUUUUUGGUAAAGACACUAAGAUUAGUAUACCUGUACUCUCAGUGACACUUUUGAAGAAAACCAAGACUGCCCUUCUUGUGCCAAAUGCUCUGAUCAUAGCAACAGUCACAGAUAGGUACAUGUUUGUCUCCUUACUCUCCAGAGAUACCACCUACAAGCUGUUAAAAUCUAUCUGUAGACAUCUUGAGGAUACAAGCAUGGGCAACAGCCCAAAUCCUUCUUCUGCAGAAAACAGCUUCAGAGCUGAUCGUCCUACAACUCUGCCCUUGGAUUUCAAUGAAGACUAUUCUGAUCUGGAUGGAAUAGUGCAGCAGCGGAGACAAGAGAUGGAAGAGUCCAGCAGCACAGGCUCACAGACCCCAGAGCUGGAAUGCUUCCAAGAUUAUCAUGUCGUUGAGACAGAGACUCACUUGAAAGUUUCCAAGACUGAGGCGAAGUCUGUCCGUUCAGAUGCACACAGUAAACGCGGACCUGACGGAAAAGCCCAAAACAGUCCUCGAAAUGGCAAUUCUGAAGCCUUCAGGUUCUUCCACAAAGUGAAGUCCCAGAAGCUCUUAUCUCUGAACCAUGUACUUAUAUUUUACGCAGUUCUCGUUUGUGUAUUAAUAUUUUCUACCUUCUACAUGAGAUAUAAAAUCAGUGUCCUGGAGGAACGUCUUAUUUCCAUCACAUCCUUUGAAUCACAUAUUAAGGAACAUCCAGCACGCCAAGGUUUGGGAUCUCAUCUGCAAAUUAAUGCUGAUGCCCUUUGUGAUGAGUUAACUGCUAAUCUUAUAAAAUUGGAAAAGAUACAGAACAACUUACAAAAACUACUUGAAGAUGGUGAAUGA